AUGCUGCCCAAUCUCAAUGGCGUAGGCUAUCAGUGCCAGACGCCAAGAUACUUGCCAGUGGCCACCAAGACUGGCUCAGGCGAUGCGGAGCUGGGUCUUGGAAGGUGGUGGUCCAACUGGGGCCCUGUUGUAUCGCUGGAGAAUUUCGCGUCUAGGGUCACAAUCGUUGUCGAAGGAUUGCUCUGGCUGGAGGAAGAAUCACGUGCUCUGGCGUUCUGGCAUUCUGGCCAAGUGGGGCUGGCUUCGGCGGUGGAGCAGACGGCGCGCGGUUGUUCAAAGCGACACGCCCGCAACAGCUUCCACUCCACCACAUGCUCGCCACUCACUCACCGGCACCCCGCCAUGUCUGCGCAGCCCGCACCCGCGCGCCCCGGGCCUGACCGCCGUUCUACGGCGGCGCCUAAGCGCACGUCGAUGCUCCCGAAGCCGUCCUCGAUUGCCCUCGACCCCUCGGUGCUCAUUGCCCAACACGCGCAAAUCACGGGCACGCAUCCCAUCACGCUGGGGCCGAAUACGACGCUGCACCCGCACAGCAGGAUUAGCAGUGCGCUGGCGCCCGUGGUGCUUGGUGAAGGUGUCGUCGUGUACGAGAGGGCCAAGGUGGGCAUGGGCGUGGGGCCUGACCUGGACGCUGAGAGCAGACGCAGCAGCAUGGCGUCGGCCCGGAGCAGCGCAACCGUCAGGAGCGACGGCACUGUGCUGGGCAGGAACGUCGUCGUUGAGUCCAACGCCAUCGUCGAGGCCGCCGAGGUCGGCGAGGGCAGCGUCAUAGAGGUCGGCGCUGUACUGGGCAGAGGAUGUGUGCUUGGAAAGUAUUGUACCAUCUCGCCGUCGUCGUUCGUCCCGCCCAACACGCGUCUCCCGGACUUCACCGUCGUGCACAGCGGCUCUGAACAGCGAAGCGACAAAACCCUGCAGUUGCGACCUGAGAUACUCGAGGCGAAGAUGGCAGUGCAUGCCAAACAGCUCGACAUGUUCAGGAAGCUGAUCCCGAACAAUGUCUCCAGGUGGGCAGCAUGAGGACACAACCCCAAUCGCUUUGAAACCAUAUGCCUCUAUCAGAGCCUAGCUGUGCCACGGGUCUGUAGUGUAAAGUCCGGAAACAGUCGCAAGCGCAGCCAACAUGAAAGAAAGAGAAUUGAUGCCGGUUGCCCAGGCACGCACUGUUGAGGAAACACCGGGGAUACAAGAGCUGCGCAACGUUUGCUAUAGGCCUCAGGGGCGUGCUCAUCAUGGCGCGAUACUUGACGUAAAAUAUGACCAUUGCGAUUGCAGACCCG